AGUAUCCGGAACUGCAAGCGGCCAAUUUGAAGCACCCUGAUAAACGUAACCUACAGUAGUUCCAAGAAAUUACACUAAUAAGUCAACGUAUUUAAAUGUUAGCGCGCGUUGCAUCUCUAACGUCCGGACCAUUUACUGUACACCAUCGACUCCGAUUGCAUGAUGGCCUUCGUCAACUUUGAAGUCGAGCCCGAGCUCAGCAGCGCCUCACUCGAGAAAGCAUCUCGCGAACUCAACGAGACAGACGAAAUUCGCGCUUCUAGAAUCUCCGAGCUGAAAGCUCGUGUUGAACAACAUGAAGACGAGCUGCUGAUUGACAGCAGAAGAGAUGCUUCCUUUCUAGUGCGCUUCUUGAGGGCAAGAAAAUUCGACGUGGAUCGAGCCUAUCAGCUCUAUGUCAAUUACUUUAAGUACAGGAAAGAUCACCCGGAAAUAUUUAAAGACAAGUUUACAGCUAGAGAUAUGAGGGAGGUUCUGGAGAUGGGACUCGUAUCGGCAGGGCCGAAAACUAAGGAAGAAAUUUAUUCGGUCGUGCUGUCAACACAUCGUUGUCCACAAUGCAUUUUUCGUGAUUACUUUACUCUCCUUUUCUAUGUUGGCAAUACAUCAAGCCUCAAUUUCACUCCUCUGGUAUUUGAACAUUUUGGAACAUGGGGAUCAGAAGCUACCAACUAUCUAAACAAACUAGCCAGAAGAUCAAGGGACAUUGAAGGCUAUACAAAUGAAGCUGACUUUAGAGGUUUUUGGAGAAAAAAUUUCUCAAUAAUAUUACAAGGAUGCAACGCUAGAGUCAUCCUCCACAAGCUGACACGUGUCUUCCCUGGAGAAGAAGAUGAGAACAUACACAAUAGAGACUAUCAAAGCCAACAAGUGAUCUGCUUUCAGACUGGCAAGUGGGAUUUGGACAAGGUCUCUGUCACUGACAUUAUACGUUGCUUGGCGAUGACCAUGGAGGCAGUGAUUGAGUCUCCUGAAGUGCAAGUCAACGGUGUUGUUGUUGUGGAGGACCAUGCUGGUAUGUCAAUACGUCAUGUUUUCUCCAUGGGUUCCUCGGACGCAAAGAGUGUGACACAGCUAAUGCAAGACGCGUUUCCAGCAAGACUCAAAGGAAUUCACAUUGUACAUCAGGGCUGGUUCGUACGCAUUUUGUUUGCACUCGUAAAACCAUUUCUCAAGUCUAAAAUGAAAGAAAGAAUCUUCUUCCACGGCACGGACUACGAAAAACUACACCAACUCGUAGAUCCAGCCAACCUACCAACAAGCAUCGGCGGUCAACUUGCCAACAUAGACCCGACAACGUGGGCACAGUACUUGUUGAAGAGAGAAAGUCAAGAGCUCUAGUGCAGUAGUAGAGAGAGCAAAUAUCUAGUGAGGACUUCGAGUACUGUACUGCAUACCUACUUAACUCGCGCUAAAAGAGGUGAUGACACCUUUGAAAUCGGACACGCGUGCGGUCUAGACCGUCCCACUUGAUUUAUAAAUAAUUUGAGUACCUUUAGUGCUCGUUUACGUUUAUACACCGAAAUA